CAACAAACAGUGUCGCCCCCGAGAUGAUUACUUUGGCCAUUACACAUGCGACCAGUUCGGCAAUCAGCAGUGCAUGGAGGGCUGGACUGGGCAAGACUGCAAAAAAGCUAUCUGUAAGCAAGGCUGCAGUGAGCUUCACGGAAGCUGUGACACUCCAGGAGAAUGUGUGUGUAAGUACGGCUGGCAGGGCCUCCUCUGCGAUGAGUGUUUGCCAUACCCGGGCUGUGUGCAUGGCACCUGCAUGAAACCCUGGACCUGCACCUGUGAGAAGAACUGGGGAGGACUUCUGUGUGACAAAGAUUUAAAUUACUGCGGCACACACAAGCCCUGUGUAAAUGGAGGCACGUGUCUGAAUACGAGAGAAAGCCUCGCCGAGGGGAGAGGAAAAAAAACCCGUGCUGGAGGCUCUCGCUGCAUCCGAUGA